AUGUAUGGACUGCGAAGCUCUCUUCUUGGAAACUUGGUCGAGUUCGGAUGUUUCUAUCUCAUCCAGCAUCUCCUCCCCGCGACUCUUCUCAUCGCCACACCCAAGCGAUCUCCUCUGCGCUAUGCCUGCAUUCCAUGUAUGAUCUGGAUUGCUAGUCAAUUUAUACAUCCAAUUGCCUCAUCCUCAAGCCCGACAUGGUGCCAGAUGGUCUCUCAGCUCAUCAUUGUGACAGUGCAAGCGACGCACCUGUUACUGAUCAACCCCCUGGAUCGCCAGAACCUCUCGAGGGGGGCAACCCAUGUCAGAUCGUACGGCACUCAUCUUGUCCGAGCGGUGCGGCUGCUUGUUCAUACACGGGGUGUCAAUACCCCCUGGCAAGUGAAAAAUGUGCCGUCUCAUCCCGGCUACUAUGCACGUCGGGGCAUGUCGACCCCGCCUCGAGGUCGAUUUUUGCUCCGACAAUCCUUGAUUUUGGCCUGGCAAUAUCUAGCCCUGGAUAUUGUACAGACAGUCUCCCUCCAGCAGACUUCAGGUCUUGACUCUCAGAAACCUAUGGUGUCGGGGAUCCAAUGGAAUGUGCCAGCGGAACAGUGGAUAGAACGAGUGAUCACCCAUCUGUCCCUUUGGUUCUUUGUGACCCGGGUGAUUGGCGAUUCCGCAUAUUGUACGCUGUCAAUUAUCUUUGUGGGAUUGGGAGUGGACUCUCCUUCCGACUGGCCACCGGCAUGGGGAAGAAUGGCCGAUGCAUACACGCUUCGAAACUUCUGGGGGUAA